AUGGUGGAGCUUAACAAAACUCGUGGUCCGGAGUCAGCCUGGAACUUCUGGGAUCUGACGUUCGCUGAACUUGAAGAACUCGGCAUACCGGAUGCUACCGACCCGGCGUGGGACGGGUUUCUGGAGAUUUUGAGAAGGCCUUGGUUCACCCGGGUCGGCCGUUCAUCAGCAAUGUACUUGCUUGGCGAGAAGAGGUAG